UGCCUUGGUGCUGAGUUGCUACGUAAUUGACUCGUCUCCAUCUCGACUCCAGCUGAAGACCAAACCGCCACCAGCUGAGUGAACGUCCACCUUAGUGGCCAGGAUCCCGACUUUGACGCCACCCAAACCCACACGGCACCUUCCUGUAGAGCGCGGGGCCGCAGUUCAGACUAGUGUCACACGACGAAACGCGAGAAACGACAACAUCAGAUCCGGCAAACAAAGAGCUCCUUUCCAGCGACAUCAUUUUUCCUCCAUAUUCAAUAGUUAUGAGUCACGUGGCCGUCGAGAAUGUCCACGGUCUCGAGCAGCAGCUUGCUGUCAUGGACUUAACAGCUGGAGACGGUCAAGGUGGAGGCACAAGCAGACGGUACAUUCCCCCACACUUGCGUAACAAAGAUGGCCCCAAAAAUGCUGCCUUAUUCCUUGCUGCCGGAAAUGCUUUUGCAGCUGGUCGACAGGGGGCCUACAACAUUGCACCCGCUGCCAACUAUGGGUGGGACGCUGGGCGCGCCAACUUUGUCAAUGGAUACCCUGACAACCGCAUGGCGGGUGGCAACUCCUUCAAUCGUGGCCCGCCUCGCAUGGAACGUGGACGAGGUGGUGUUGGUGGAGGCGGCUACCGUGGCAACAGAGGUGGAGCCUUCAACCCCAUCAACCCAGCUCAACCAAUGGCCUUUGCAGGCUAUGAAACGAAAGAUGCAGGAGGCUGGAAUAAGGAGCCUUAUAACAGCUUUGGCAACAACCGAGGAAAGUCUGCAUUCUUCAAUGACAGAGGAAGCACAAACAGAGCGAGGUACGAUCAUGGUGGAUUUGGAGGAGGAGGAGCUGGGAACACCCGCUGGGUGGAAGAGUCCAAAGAUGAUGGAGACUGGUCCAAACCAACUCCCCGUAACGAACGACUUGAACAUGAGUUAUUCUCUGGCAGUAACACCGGGAUUAAUUUUGAGAAAUAUGAUGACAUUCCUGUGGAGGCCACUGGACAGAACUGUCCUCAUCACAUUGAAAGUUUCCAGGAUGUGGAUAUGGGAGAGAUAGUGAUGGGCAACAUAGCUCUGAGCCGCUACACCAGACCAACCCCUGUCCAGAAAUAUGCCAUUCCUAUUGUUAAGUCAAAGAGAGACCUCAUGGCGUGUGCACAAACGGGUUCUGGGAAGACUGCUGCCUUCCUGCUGCCCAUCCUCAGCCAGAUCUACACUGAAGGACCAGGAGAAGCCCUCAAUGCAGCUAAAGCCUCUGGACAGGAUAACGGAAAGUACGGCCGUCGUAAGCAGUACCCCAUUUCUCUGGUUCUGGCUCCAACUAGAGAGCUGGCAUUGCAAAUUUAUGAUGAAGCCAGAAAGUUUGCUUACCGCUCGAAAGUGCGACCUUGUGUAGUCUAUGGAGGAGCAGACAUAGGUCAGCAAAUUCGAGAUUUGGAGAGAGGCUGCCAUCUGCUGGUGGCCACUCCGGGAAGACUGGUGGACAUGAUGGAGCGGGGCAAGAUUGGACUCGAUUACUGCAACUAUCUUGUUCUGGAUGAAGCUGAUCGUAUGUUGGACAUGGGAUUUGAACCACAGAUUCGACGAAUUGUUGAACAAGACACCAUGCCACCGAAAGGCAUCAGACAGACAAUGAUGUUCAGUGCGACAUUCCCAAAAGAGAUUCAAAUCCUGGCUCGAGAUUUCUUGGAGGAGUACAUCUUCCUGGCUGUGGGCAGAGUGGGUUCCACCUCUGAGAACAUUACACAAAAAGUGGUUUGGGUGGAGGAAAGCGACAAGAGGUCUUUUCUUCUUGACCUGCUAAGCGCCACUGUUAUUCCCAGCGAGGUUCAGGACAGUACUGGAGACAACAUAGAGAAGCCCGGUAAAGAUUCUUUGACUCUGGUCUUCGUGGAGACCAAGAAAGGUGCAGAUGCCCUGGAGGACUUCCUGUAUCGUGAAGGGUACGCCUGCACUAGUAUUCAUGGAGAUCGCUCCCAGAGAGACCGCGAGGAAGCGCUGAACCAGUUCAGAUCCGGAAAAUGCCCCAUUCUUGUUGCCACUGCGGUUGCCGCUCGAGGUCUGGACAUUUCCAAUGUGAAACAUGUCAUCAAUUUUGACCUACCAAGCGACAUUGAGGAGUACGUUCAUCGCAUUGGACGUACGGGACGAGUAGGGAACCUUGGUCUGGCCACGUCUUUCUUCAAUGACAAAAAUGGGAACAUCACUAAAGACCUGCUGGACAUCCUUGUUGAAGCAAAACAGGAGGUCCCAUCCUGGCUGGAGAGUCUUGCUUACGAGCACCAACACAAGAGCAGCAACAGAGGGCGCUCCAAGAGAUUUGCGGGAGGUUUCGGGGCACGAGACUAUCGCCAGACUGCUGCAGGAGGCAACGCUGGAGGUUUUGUUGGACGUGGAGCUCGCAACCAAACAGCACAUGGAGGAAACCGUGGCUUUGGAGGAGGUGGGUUCGGCAACUUCUACACCAGUGAUGGCUAUGGAGGCAACUAUUCCCACUCUCAGGUUGAUUGGUGGGGGAACUAGGAGACCCUCUCACACAAACACACACCUUUCCUCCUGACAGCCCCUCUUCCUUUCUAGGCUCUCUUGUCUGCACCCAAACUAUUUGUCCCCGCUCAUCCACCCCAGAAUCAACAUGUGCAUGCUGUGUAACUAUUUAUACUCCUUUAUAUAACCUCAUCACAUUUGGACACUCUUUUCAUUCACACUCCCUGGAUUUGGUCUUUGCGGUUGAUGCAUUGAUCUUCACAUCCCCAUACCGUCUCUUUGAUUUCCCUCUGAUUUUCUGAUAUAUGUCAGAAGAGAGUCAUAAAGGGAAUUCACUAGUCUCCAUCUUGAAGCAUCUCUCCUUUCCUACUAAACUGAAAGCUUCGGUUCACAUUUCAAACUAAAUCAGGGGGAAAUUUAUCAGUUGUGUUCUUCAGAUCUAAGAUUUCCUGUUUACCUCCACACUGUUGUUUCUAUGCCUGGCCAUGCUGUAGGUCACUGGCUGAUUUGUUGAUAUUCCGUGGAGAUGGGGAAACACCAAGAAUAGGACUGCUCUUAACUGGCAGAUUGUAUAAAUGGCCACAGAACAUGGUUUUGAAAUCUGUUACCGAGCCCAUUUACUCCAGUAAGAGAGCUCUAGUGCGUGAGAAGAACCCACUGAGUGAGAAAGUCUGUUGAUGUUUAGUGAUGAUGCAAGUUUGCUUGAUCAAUAUGGUGGUAGCUGUCAGUGCUACAACACAUUUCACUGAGUUUGAUGCAAAACAAAAAAAAGAGGAUCAUUUGUUUCUGUACUGUGCCUUCAACAAUUUGAAUAAUGUUUCGUCGUAUAUUUCUGCUAUUUUUAUUGCCAUCAAGUGUAUCUGGCUAAAGUAUAGGCCAACUCAAAUGUAUAUUUAAAGCUCCUGUAUGGCUUUAAACGUGUUUUUAGUUUGUAUUUGGAAAGAAACAAACUUGGCGUGAACCAAAAUCAAACCUUGGCAAAAAAAAAAAAAAAACUGCGGUGAAGCAAAUCAAAUAAAUUCCUACUCCGUCCACCAUUUUCUCAUAGCUUUGAUGGACGGGGUUCUAAAAGCAUCGUACUAAUUGAAGACAACUAGAUGGCCUGCUGUUUAGAGCUGCAAGGUGAUAAAAAGCAUUCGACUUGGCAGAGUCAGAAGCGUCGGCUUCAUCCUAGUAGCUCGGUCCUUCUCACUGACUCGUCGAUAAAGACUCAGCUUGAGCUUCAUCUUGGUUCUCUGAGUCGUCUUGUCUCCAAAAUGUGGACGUUUCUGUGUCCGCAGCUUCAGUGGAAGUGACUCUGUGGCUGCUGUUGAACACACAACCUUCCAUCAGUCGUUCGACUUGGCUCCAUACACACUAUUGCUGGUUCAACUUGAAAGCAUUAAUUUGCUUUGUUUGGGCUUUUACAGUCAACACUCUCUGCCUAGUGUUUUUAAUCAACAAUCAGUCUGUGAAAUUGGACCGUAGAAUAUACUCCUGUGAGGUAGCAGCUAGGACCAAUGCUGCAGCCUCUACCCAAAGCCUCUUUUCUAUCCAGCUCACUGAAGUUCCAGUACCAUACCUGAAUGUUUAUUCUGAGGUUAGCUGUCCAAAUCCAGCCGUAAAAAAUCUCACAAUUCUGCGCAAGAUAUGGGCCAGACCAAAGGCCCUCCUUGGGCUCUGUUCUCUCUGGUCUUGUCUGGCCAGAGAUGGAUUCCUCCAUAGCGAAUAAAAGUUGCCAUUCAUAUUGUAAGUCAGUUGACACCUGAAAACACUUGUAAAUCUAGUUUUUGUUUUCAGUUCAUUUGGGCUGCUGCUGUCGUCCUUGUAGUGACAGAGCCCAGCUCGCUAGCUGAAGACAGAUGCGAGUUCAACUCCCUGCAGCAGCGUGUGAAAAUGUAUAGGCACUGUAUCAUCAGGAGACGGGGAGAAGGAUGCAGCAUUGCGCUCAUUCGAAACUCAAGGGAGUUCAUGUAGACAAAGUUGGGCUGAGAUCCACAUGCCAAUAUUUUAGUUUUGAUAAAUGAGGAGACCUAAUCUGUUAUUGCUGUUUACAGGGUGACUAAUAACCAUGUCUUGUUUAGGGCUGCAGCCCUAGUCUGGACCUGGGUGGUACAGUUGUUAUUACCAAGUAGCGCAAGAAUCCACUCUAGUCUGUCUUGCUUCCCAGUAAAAAAAAAAGUUGAAAUGAUAAAGAUUGUGUCCAUGCUAUCUUAAAUGUUGUUAGUAUUUGGUUGGGAAGAAUCAGCAUUUCCCGAGAGGCUGAAGUGAAGUACAUAUGUGAUCUGGAUUUACUUGGACACUGCUACAAGUUUCCUUUGUUAGGCAUCGAUCAAUGCUCGCUUUUUUUUUAAGCAAAUGAUGUUCUGGCCAUUGAAGUUUCACAGUCCGUGCUCCUGAGAAAGCACCUUCAGAGGAAAGAAGUAUUUAUUUAUUGGUGUAUUUUUAAUGCAUGUCUCCUCUGGCCCUACUUUCACACAACCACAUGCUCAUGGUGCCUACAGUUUCUUUUUGCUGAGAAUGAACAGAUUGUUCCUUCUUCCAUGAUACUUGGAUCCAUGUUGUCCAUGACCUUGUGAUUGGAAAAAAAUUUGUCGUGCCGCUCCUGGUUGGGUGUUUGAGCUGUUUAGUUUAGAUGAAGGACUUGACACAAUAUGGAAAUAAAGCUACAAAUAUACGGCUGAAAAACCAGAUGCGAACCGACACCUAGGAGACGGCAUUGGCUCACUCAGCUUUGAAUUUGGGCCCGGUUCCUCACAGGCUACUUAAAAUGUGUUGCUUCUUCAAUAUUACAUUUGUGGAAAAGGCUCUGCGGGUGUCCGACUGCUCUCAUACGGCGGAACCGAUAGAAUCGAACGUGUUCCUGGUUAAGAAGCAAAAGUGUGUCAAAUUCCUCUGUACAUUUUUGUUCCCACCCUCUGAAUUGCUUUGUAUUGUUUAGGUGGCUCUAUGUUCCCCCUCCCCUCUGCUGGCAGUCGACCAUUGGAUCGACCAGUGUUGACUCUAGUGGCUGUAGUGGGCGUGUCCCGGUGGCUGUGAUGUUUAUCGAGCACCUCAGUGAGGAGGUCUGUGUAGUCCCUGCAGGCCAAUCAUGAAGUCUUAGUGAACCAUUUCCUCUCGCUGAUGAAGAAGUCUCGACAAUUGGUUGAUGCACAGGACAAUCACCGAAGACUUGUCUCAUUAACCCGCCGGGAGUUGCACCAUACGUUUUGCUCACACUUAUUCAGUGCUUUGGUCUUUUCUGUUCGAUUGAAAAAUGUGGUGGAGUCUUUCAAUGAUGAUCCUGUCUCAGGCGCAAUAAGGAAAACCUUUAUACCUAGUUCAGUUCACAGAUGACACGUCGCUGAUUCUAGUUCAAUGUAAAUGUUGAUGUGCCUUCAACUGCUGCUCAGGCUCACGGAUGAAGGAUUCCGCGUCAGAUAGCGCCCCCUGCUGGUGCUCUUCAACAGAAAGGAAAUGGUUCUGUUUACCUCACUUUUGUUCCGAGUCAGUCUUGUGUGUGUGUGUGUGUGUGUGUGUGUGUGUUUGGCCGCAUGCAAACAUGACCAGGUCAUGGUUUGGUGCAGCGUUUAUCCUGCUCUUGAGCUCUUCAUGGAGCAGCAAGUGCAACAAAUGAGGGUGGUUGUCCCCAAAUUUGAAGUGUUCUCCAGUUCCGCCUGGAGCGCCGGAAGGUCGGCCCCAACUCGCACAUGUGUUUGAGCGACUGGAGAAGUGGUUUAGGGCUGGGUUUUAAUGUUUCUAACAUGAAGGUGGCGCUGAUGCUAUGAUGCUAACAACAAGUAGCUCAAACCCCUGAUGGUUGAGGUGUUGCAUGGCUUGUAUCUCUCGUGCUGUUUGAUUUGUUCAGUCCUGUUAGUGACGUGCCCUGGUGAUCGAUACUGGUGAGUCUCUAACAGGUCCUUGUGUUUGCUCAUGUUCAGCUGUGGAGCGUCGCUGCCCAGAUGAUUGGGUCGUGGCACUGAAUUUCCUCUGGUCAUUGCAAAGCUUCCAGCGUUCCAGGUUUUUGAAUUCUAGUUCAAAAGUUCAGCACUUUUCGGUGAGUAUUUGUACCUUUGAUGCCUUAAAUAGCAGAGUGAUACCCAGCCCUAACGGUGAGGCUAGAGAAGCUGGUUACACGCGUCAGUCUUGCGUCUGGAUUGUGGAGUGCGAUCUAAAAUCGGUGCUAUGCCCCCCUCGCUGCGGCCUGCAGGCCUUCUGUUUUAUAGUUCAAGGUUUUACAGAACCUCCAUUUAAAUUUUGUUUUCUUGUGUAGCACAGGUUCUUCACAACCUCUGAGAGGUCCAUACGCGUGUGUGUGUGGAAUUGUAGCCGCUUUAUCAAGAACUAAUUCUUCUUCACUGUGGUGUGUGCGAGAGGUUCUUCCAGAAUUUCAUGGACCAGGUGGAGAUGCAGUGGACAGCAAGUGCAAGGGUUUGCACUCAGAGUUCUCCUCUACUUUCGCUGCUAGUUUGUGUAAUUUAACAAGCAUUUUUGAGAAAUAUUUAUUUUUUUAUAAGCCAAAUACAAGUCGAUAUUUUAAAAACUGGUGACUUGACCAAAAGGCAGUGAACAAAAACACUGGCACUUGAAUGUUGAAUGUCAUUGGUAUGAGUGAAAAUUUCUAUUUUUCUGGGGUAGUGUGAACUUUUCAGUGUUACAGACACAAGAAGGCGGGCCCUUCUCUCCACUCUGUCACAUCAUGACGCAGAACCAACCAGUCAAAACCACCGUUUCCACGAGUGCGGGUCCUUGAAAGAACUAAGAAAGAAGACUGAUUCAGCUCACUGCAACUUUGAGCCGAAACUGAAAAUGUUCCCGCUGAUGUGACAGUGGAGAGAAUCUUUCUGCCCCGAUUCCCAUGAAAGUCACAUUGGACUCCGAAUCCGUAUCAGACACAUAAAUCGCACCAAUGCCAAUCCUGAUAGUAGAGAGAUACUGAGCAGCCAUUUUAUUUUUGAUUUGGCAAACAAAAUUGAGACACAACCGCUAAAUAUGCCAAGGUUUGGAUUCAACACAAAUCUGUUACAAUGCUCUUGCAGAGGUCCAUUUUGUAGUAAAAAAAAAAAAAAAAAAGCAACGAGUAUAAAAACAUGCAGUACAAAAAACAAGUGUCCAGAGUCUCUCCAAGCAAGUUCAUUUGAUUUAUUUGAGUCUUUCCUUCUUUCCUCCCGGCUAAAUCUCCUUUGAUGUGAAUGUCUUGCCAGUGAGAAUCUUACUUGUCUUUAUAACAGGAUUAACCGCGGUUCUAUUGCUAUGUUGUCGUGAGCCGCAGAUUUCAAGGCUCUGUCGUGACACGCGGCAGGAUCGGGCUCAUCCACAAUAGUCUUGACGGUGUGCUCGACACGCUACCUUGUUUUAGUAGACUUCAAGUCCAAGCCAGUGAGUGGAGAUGCUCGGCACCAGCAGCCUGCUAGUUAGUGUUUGCUUUCUGUAUUAGUUUAGCAGUUGUGCACGAAGAGUAAGCACUGCACGAUGAAAGAAAACUGAUAAUACUGUGUAUCCAUCCUGAUUUUACCACAAUUAAAAGUUUGGAUUUGCAGAAAAUA